AUGCCUGCGGUGUCUCCCUAUCCAAAGCUGCAUAUUCCAGACGUGAAUCUUUGGGAUUUCCACUUUUCAAGAUCCCGUCGAGAGUACCCAGACCAUGAAAGUGAGCUUCUCUUUCUUGUUUCUUUGGUUAUCAUCCACGUACUGCGCUCUUAUGCCAUGAUUCAACUCGGCCCACCCCUGCAGGCCUUCCCGGACUGGAGAAAGGGCAUUGUCGUCGCUCUCUUCUCACCCAACGACGUGAACUGCCCCGUCGUCAUGUGGGGGCCUGUCUUGGCCGGUGACAUCCUCUCGCUAAUAAAUUCCGGUUACACGGCUUCGGAGAUAGAAUUCCCACUCGUCAACCCUGCGGCGACAUCUCUCGUCAGCCGUACGUCUCUCCUGCCGGUCGUCCUUGUGGUGACGAAGGAGAUCGGCUUU